AUGGGAUCCAUCGACCAGUCUAAUCAGAACGUCAGCUGGCAGACCAAGGUCGCCCAAAAGCAGAAGCAAUGUCGAGGAGCCAUUCCUGCAGCAUGGCAGCUACCAUCGUCGAUUCUGGAGGCGCUGGAUUACCCUUUGGACAAGAAGCCAAACAGGCUCCUUGAAAUGGACACCCCCCGGAAAUCAGGAAUCCUAUCCGACCGCGAGAUCAUGAUCACCGAAGACUAUACCGUCGGCGAGUUGCUCGCCAAACUCGCAUCCGGAGAAUUGUCGUCUCUCGAAGUGACCACGGCGUUCUCCAAGAGAGCUGCCAUUGCUCAACAGCUGACUUCAUGUCUCACAGAGAUGUUCUUUGACCAAGGCCUGGAACGAGCCAAGUAUCUCGAUCAGUGUCGAAGUGAAGGAAAGCUGGUCGGCCCCUUGCACGGUCUUCCCGUCAGUAUCAAGGACAGUUUCCAAGUCAUCGGGACCGAGGCCAGCAUCGGAUACGUUUCGUUUCUGGGGAAGAAAUCCGAAAUCAAUUCACCACUGGUCGACAUUCUCCUUGGCCUGGGUGCCGUGCUGUACGUCAAAACGAACAUCCCUCAGACGCUCAUGACCGCGGACUCGGACAACAACAUUUUCGGCCGGGCGCUGAAUCCGCACAACACGGCUUUGAACGCCGGUGGUUCCAGCGGAGGAGAAGGCGCGCUGGUCGCCUUCCGAGGCUCACCGUUGGGUGUGGGAACCGAUGUCGCCGGCUCCAUCCGCAUUCCUGCUUUAUGCUGUGGGGUGUAUGGAUUCAAGCCAACAAGUUCCCGCAUUCCGUACGGAGGACAAGCGAACCCAUCACUGGCUGGGUUAAAGCCCAUUACUGCUGCUGCUGGCCCGCUAACAAAUGAUUUCGAGGCUAUGGAGAUCUUCGUCCAAGCCGUGAUUGACGCGACUCCGGCCACGCUGGACUCAACCGUGCUGGAUGUCCCGUGGCGUCGCUUGGACAAAGAAAGCCCGCCUCAACUGAAGAUUGGCGUUCUGGCCGAGGAUCCCCUCUACCCGUUUCAUCCUCCCGUUAAGAGAGUAUUGGCCGAAGCCGUCGGCAAGCUUCGAGCAGCAGGUCAUGAGAUCAUCGAACUGACUGCGGAACAAUGCCACAGUGCUGAUGCGACAGAGGUUGCGUGUGAGCUCUUCACCCUGGCGCCCGGGGCCGCGAUGGGACAUAUCAAGGCCAGCGGCGAGCCAAUGGUGCCAUCUGUUGCGAACGUGUUUGGACCAGCCAACGCUGGGAACUAUAAAUUCGUUCCAAGUCUCGAAGGUGUUGAUGCCUUGCACAAGUUGGCCGUUUUGACGGUGAAAAGGCAGGAAAUCGCCGAGGAUUGGCGGAAAAUAUGGUUGGAGAACAAGUUCGACGUAGUUAUCGGCACUCCCUCGCAGACCACAGCGGUGCCGCAUGACACGUUUGGGUGGCCACCCUAUACUUGCCUGCUGAACCUCCUUGAUUACCCGGCUUGUGUGCUGCCCUUUGGUAAGGCGUCGAAACUAAAAGAUCCUCACCCCAUGAAGAUGCAACCAGGACAAGGCGGACCCGACUAUAACCCCGAGGUGCUGGAUGGAGCACCUUGCUCAAUUCAAGUUUUCACAAGCCGACUGCGGGAUGAGGAAUGUCUUAAGAUGGCCCGUAUCGUCGAUGGCUGUUUGAAGCAGGCAUAA